CUUGCAUCCCGUGUCUACGUGUCGACCUGCGGCCCCUCAAACAUGCGGCUCCAACGAUCGGACGAUUUUUCCGAGCACACGUCGCGCAUCCGUGAAUAGCCUCUGGAAAGCGAACGAACGAAGCUUAUUAGGGCCUCUGAAUCGCAACGCUUCUCAGUCAGUUAUGCGGCCGCUGAGAACCGCAGGCGCCGUCGGCAGGACUGUCACGGGUGCCUGUUUUCACACGUCAACCCAGUCGCAGACACGACAGCUGCGAGUUCACACCAAGAAGAAGUCGGAGGAACCACAGAUACCCCCCUCGUGGCGGCCUUUCGAGGUACCGGAAGUGGUGUUGGAGCUCGACAGCUGGGAGAGCGAAUAUGCACGACCAUACGACAAAACGGAGUGGUCCGUCCAGCAGAGGAAAUGGGGAGAGAUGCCUCGCAUUGACGCCACGUGGAAGCGAAUCAGGAACUUUGGGUAUGACCGCCAACGUGUGAGCGACAACUUCGCCAAAGUCGCCAGCCACGACUAUUGGCGUCAACGCUGGGCCGUCACGGACCUUGAUAUCAUGACCGCUGCUCUGAGAGGAGCCCCCAACCGUCGGAGACGACCAGAGAAAAAGCGGUUCUACGGAACUGAUGUCGACGGACUCUUGAACGCGGUGGCUUGCGAGAACGCCAUUCCCAUGUCCACCUUUCAAGACGAAAAGUCUUUUUUGAGCUGGCUGCUACACAGGAAGACCGUCACCUCGGACACGCCCAGAAUCUCCCUGAAAGUCGCACGGGAGCUGAUAAGCAAGCAUGACAACCUCGAAGAUCUUCGGCGCUAUGUCUUGUUUCUGCUUCAGCAAAGCGACAACGAGCACUGGCACAUUCACCAAUGCAACGAGUACAUCGCGCGCGUUUUGAUGAACGUUCUCUCCAAACCACACGAGAAUAGACAAUCCACUCUCUUGGAUUUCUUGCCAUUCUUCAACAGUCUUUCCGCCCUCCUCCAGCAUGACGGACAGCCUCUUGGCCCUGAACUGUGUGGCGCCUGUCUGGUCUUGUCGGCUGAGGCAUUUCGGCUGCGGGCAACGGAAAACUUCCUCGAGCAUGGCUUGAAGCAUGGCUAUUGGGACGACGGGAAGCCAUGGGUUUCAGCGGUGCAGCUUGCGCUAGCAGCAUUGAACCGGCGAUGGGACAAAGAGGCGCAAGACAAUGCCUCACCCCAAGGUGGUAAGGCACACUACGCGCCUGGCAACCGCUCAAGCCUAGGCAGUCGCAAAGGAACUCUGGCCCGUCUCUUGGCGGUGAAUGCUGGACCUGAUGGCAAGGUGUCUUUCAAGGCCGUUGUAGAGAAGAAUCCUGGCCACGAGGGACUCCAUGAGCAGUUUUCACGGCUGGUUGCUCGAGUCGGUUCUCUGUCAAGUUAGUUCGCCCCGCCUGGACCGAAUAGGGGGGAUAGAAGCAACACUUCUCCAACCUACGGCAAUUACGCGGGGAACGACUACUGUCUAAUAAACUGGUGGUCUGAGAGAGGCGCGGGAAUGCCGAAUUCUGACCCAAAUGGCCGGCAGUAGCCCGGGCUAAUCGAGAAGUUGGGCGGGGAACAAGGCGGUUUUGGGUCAUGUAUAUUCAACCUCACACGACAUAUAUCAUCCUCAUCUACGAGGAGUUCGAGACAGGUCCAUGAGAUCAAAUUUACACUCUCACCAUCACGCGUAUCGUCCUGCAAUUGCUUGCCUCAUUGCAAGUGGGACACUUUGUCACACCCUUUCGCAGAGACCGCCCUCCUUUACCCCAACCCUUCCACGCCUGUACGCCGAACGCGGGUCUUGGCACCGUGUGGCUUGAUGCCAAACUCCAACACAUUGGAGAGCUGGUUCGCGCGCCCCGCCAAGCCUGCCAUUCCAUUGGGUCCGAGGACCAAGACAAUACGAGCUUAGCCUGAACGCCUCCCUAUUCCGUCCGUCCGUCUAC